AUGGAUGCUUUGAGAACAACAAAACAAGUUUUAAUUCAUCAUUUACAACAAAAAUUUCCCCUAUCAAAACCGACCCAAAUAACAUCAUAUCAAAAGUUUGAUACAAAAUCGAUAAGUUCAGAAACAUUAUUAUUAUCAGCAACAAUAACAAAUCAUGGCACAAUUAAUAAUAAAAAUACUACAGAAUCAUUUACGUCGUCGUCAUAUGAACCAAUUCAUGAAUUUAAUGAUAAAACAAAAAAGAAUGGAUUAACAGCACUAGAAGCAGCAUGGAACGUUACUAAUGCUAUACAGGGUAUGUUUCUUGUUAGUUUGCCUUAUACAGUUUAUCAUGGUGGUUAUUGGGCCUUAUUGUCAAUGAUUGUUGUUGCUUGGAUCUGCACUUAUACAGGAGAAAUCUUAAUUGCAUGUCUCUAUGAAACUAAUACAUCUGGCACGAUAAUAAAAGUACGACACUCAUAUGUGGCAAUUGCCGAACAUGUAUGGGGUAAACGUUUUGGUGGUCGAUUAGUUUUUAUUGCACAAAAUAUAGAACUACUAAUGACAUGUAUACUCUAUUUGGUAUUAAUGGGUGAAUUAUUAGCUGGUAGUUUUCCACAAUUAAAUAUUCCUGUUCGUGUUUGGAUAUGUUUAUCAUGUUUAUUUACAAUACCCUAUUCAUUUAUAAAAAAUUUAAGAAUAAUAUCACGAUUUAGUUUUGGAAAUGCUAUUGUCCAUUUAAUUAUAAAUAUGAUUAUUAUUCUCUAUUGUUUAUCAAAAUCAUCAACAUGGAAUUGGUCAAAAAUUCAAUUAAAAAUUAAUAUACAAUCAUUUCCAACAACAGUAGGUAUAAUUGUAUUUAGUUAUACAUCUCAAAUUUUUCUUCCAACAUUAGAAGAUAAUAUGUUGUAUCCAUCUCAAUUUAAUAGCAUGUUAAUAUUAUCUCAUAUAAUUGCAUGUAUAUUUAAAACGGGUUUUGCUCUUAUUGGAUUUCUAACGUGGCAAGAAUUAACGUCCGAAGUCAUAACAAAUAAUUUACCAACAAAACAAUUACGUAUUCUAAUUAAUUUAACAUUAGCCAUUAAAGCUUUACUAUCUUAUCCAUUACCCUAUUUUGCUUCAUGUGAACUUAUAUCUGAUACAUAUUUUCGUAAUAAUCCAUUUUCAACAUGUUAUCAACAAGAUACCAAACAAUGGAAAUGGUGGGCAAUUGUAUUACGUAUAUUAUUAAUUGUAUGUACAUUAGCAAUGGCAUUGAUUAUUCCACAUUUUGCACAAUUAAUGGGUCUAAUUGGUUCAAUAACUGGUGUCAUGUUAUCAUUAAUAUGGCCAUCAUAUUUUUAUUUAAAAUUAAAAGGAUAUCAAUUAACAUGGUCAACAAUUGUAUUCAAUAUUCUUAUUAUUCUAUUUGGACUAGUAUGUACAUUAAGUGGUGUUAUCGAUUCCUCGAAAGAAUUAGCAAAAAAAUUUCAAUUAAAAGUGAAUAAUACUAUACCACACACUUAA